AUGCAGAGCAUCAAGGUGGUGGUGGUGGGCGACGGGGCGGUGGGCAAGACCUGCCUGCUGAUCUGCUACACCACGCAGGCCUUCCCCCGCCACUACAUCCCCACCGUGUUCGACAACUACAGCGCGCAGCAGACGCUGGAGGGCAGAACCUUCAGCCUCAACCUGUGGGACACGGCCGGGCAGGAGGAGUACGAUCGCCUGCGCACCCUCUCCUACCCCCAGACCGACGUCUUCAUCAUCUGCUUCUCCAUCGCCAGCCCCCCCUCCUACGAGAACGUGCGGCACAAGUGGUACCCGGAGGUGUGCCACCACUGCCCCAGCGUGCCCGUCCUGCUGGUGGGCACCAAGAAGGACCUGCGGACGCACCCCGAGACGCUGCGGCGGCUGCGGGAGCAGGAGCAAGCCCCCAUCAGCAGGCAGCAGGGGCUGAGCCUCUGCCGGCAGAUCCGCGCCGUGCGCUACCUCGAGUGCUCGGCGCUCCGCCAGGAGGGCGUCGAGGAGGUGUUCGCCGAGGCCGUGCGGGCGGUGCUCAACCCCAGCCCCGCCAAGCCCAAGAGGUCCUGCGUCCUCUUCUGAGGUGCCAGCCUGGCACCGCCCCCGCCCCCGGGGCUCGCAGUGCCAAGCAGAAGCUUUUCCUCGCACCCUCCCCCCCCCCCCCCCCCUGCGGCGGAGUCUCCGCGGAUGUGCCCUCGGGGGUGGCGGUGCCAGGGCUGGCGGCCCCCAGGCUGUGCCAGGGCGGGAGCUGGGCUGUGCUGACACAGACACCGUCCUGGGGACGAUGGGCACCUCCCGGCCCCGGGGCACCUCCUGACCCUAGGGCACUGCCCGACCCCGGGCACCUCCCGACCCCGAGGCAUCUCCUGACCCUAGGGCACUGCCCGACCCCGGGCACCUCCCGACCCCGGGACAUCUCCUGACCCUAGGGCACUGCCCAACCCCGGGCACCUCCCGACCCCGGGGCAUCUCCUGACCCUAGGGCACUGCCCGACCCCGGGGCACCUCCCGACCCCGGGGCAACUCCUGACCCUAGGGCACCUCCCGACCCCGGGCACCUCCCGGCCCCGGGGCAUCUCCUGACCCUAGGGCACUGCCCGACCCCGGGCACCUCCCGACACUCGGGCAUCUAUCUCUUGACCCUGGGGCACCUCCCAGCUUCCCGACCCCGGGCACCUCCCGACCCCGGGGCACCUCCUGCCUGGCUCCUGGCACUCAGUAGAUGUCUCUCUGGUCCCACCACUGCUUGCCAAGGAGCUGCUUGGCCUGGCCAAAGCCUUUCUGCCUGCCCUCAGCACCCAACAGGGACCUUCCAAACCAACCUCCUGCAUCCCAUGGGCACCUCCCUCCGAGCACCCCAUGGGCACCUGCACCCCCACCCUGAGCACCCCACGGGCACCUGCACCCCCACCCUGAGCCCCCCACGGGCACCUGUGACCUGAGCCUGGCCCCGUGGGGAGCUGCCACCUUCCCCUCCUGCACCGUGGCACCUCUGUGCCCUUGGCCACCUCCCAGAGCUGCUGCGGGGUGGUCCAGGAGGUCUCCUGUGGGGUGGGGAGGUUGGGAGGAGCCUGGGUGCUGCCAGGGGACUGUGCCCCUGUGCCAGCUGGUGCCAGGGCUCUGCAGGGCAGCAGGGACCUGCUGGUGGCCAGAGGCUCCCUGAGAUGUCUCUGCUGAAAUAAAAGCUCCUGCCCAGG